AUGAGCCCAGAUACGAUGAGUUUGUUAAGCUUCAGGGACUACCGGAGAUUCAUGAACGAGGCUGAUGUCUACCACGUGGACUACGAGGACCGCUUAGCUCAGAAGAAGGUACAGGAGAGCGUUCCUGUGAUCAUAGGCGAGGAAGCCGAAGCAAAGAGCCGUAAAGAACAGCAAGACGCGUUUGUACGAGGAACGAAGCACCUGAGUGAAGAGGAUCGUGACUUGUUGUGGGCGCUGGUAUUAAAGUAUGAGCAGGCAUGGCUCGCGCCGCGGGUUGGCACGUUGGUUACAAAGUGA